CAAGAAUACACAAUACCAUGUAGACUCAGGAGAGAAAGGGGCACAAGUAUUCGAAAAUGUGGCCUCAACAAUUGGUAUUUGGUACCAUGAAAAAAAUACAGUACCGCUAAACUGUAAACUGAACCAACUGACUUAGUUUCGUUAUCGAUUUCGUGAGCUCUCAAGAGAUUUUCAAAAAGAUAGUUUCCUUUAAAACUAUCAAAACACAGGUUUCUGGGGAAUUUUGACCAACUUCCGUCAUGCAAAAUUGUGAGUUAGCAUUGUAUGUUUAUGAAAGUCCGGAAAUUUCCAUCUCAAGUGUAUGAUUUCAAGAGUGACUCACUGUAGAAAAUCUUUACUAGAAGUUGCUUUAUAUAAUAUAGUUGCCUGUGUUUGGCUGGGGUGAGUCUAUUUAUGUGGAACUGGUUUUCGGUAUGAGACUGUUGCCUGCUCUUUCUUCUGUGUACCGCCUUUCUUUUCUAUCCUACUGAAUAACAUGCUACCUCACAAGUUAUAUGACGCUUGAAGGGGGCAAUUCAAGCUAAUACGCUGGUCCGUCGUCGGCAUAUUCAUACUCGAAGUUCCAAACUUUAUUUGAACAUUCCCAAUCGCUCUCUCACCGUGAAAGAUGGUGUUCUAAAUAUGUUUUGUAUUCGAAAAAGGGAAACGCGUUUUUUUUUAUUGAAACAAGAAAAAUAGAUUUUCUGGAAAAUAAUUUUUAUCCAAGUAGAGAGAAAAAGAGAAAAAAUUUUCAGUAGAAAAUAAUUAAAAAUAAUUUUAAUAAGAAAGAGGAAAGUCAAAUGCCACAAUUAUUUUUGCUACCGAGAAGAAAUUAAAACAGUCCCCCCCAAAAAGCACGUAAGGCAAAGUAAUAAAACCCAGAUCUACACUAUGAAGAGAUCGAUAUGUUACCACCUAUCAACCUGUUAAUAUGGACAUCGAAAGAAAUUCUGAGAAGCAAUUAUCAUCUAAUCCUGAAACGAAUAAUUCAAGUACAAUAAAUUCUCAAAACCUUAGUUAUAAAACAAAUCACUCAGAAGGGCUAGAGGAGACAAAUUUAAAACAGCAAUCAAAGCAAGACAAUAUGUCUUCCGAUAAAAUGGAUCGAGAAUUAGAAUCUAAGGAUAAUGAAAAAGAUGACGAUGAUCUUGAAGAUGGUGAAAUAGAAACAGAUGAUGAUGAUGAUGAGCCUAUUAUUACAUCUGUAACAGUACGUGAUAGUAAUCAUGACGCCAAAACGAAAUUUAUAACUUCGUCUUCCCAAAUAUCAACAAUAACACCAACAGCUCCUACUUCCAAUAAAACAUUUCCGAGCAAGACUGCAAUAGGGGGUGGAGGAAUUGGAUCAGUAGGAGUAACAUCAGCAACAGCUCUAUCAACAUCUGGAAAUGGAUCUCCAAAAAUUGAUAGUGAUUUAACAAUGCCUACAUCGAAGAAAAGCAGUAAAAUUCGACGAACGGAUAUUGUCGAUGAUGACUGGGCUGGAAAUAUAGAGAACGCUAUUGCUGCGGCCCUAAAAAAGGAUGGCAUUGAGCCACCAAUGCCAAAACUUUCGAAAAAUAUCAGUGGAAAUAUGGAUAUUUAUGAUAAGUCCGAUAAAAAUGACUAUGUGGAGGAUAUAAGGCGAGCACGUAAGCGUAAGAAACGAGAGGAAAGAGAGAAUAAAAAGUCAAAAAGGAUGAAAAUUCUGGACACAGAUCAUUAUGAUGAUAUGAUGAAAAUGACCGAUGAAAUUGAUGAAGAUGAAAUGGUUUGCGUACGUGGCGGUAGUCCAUCUAUAACUCGAACUAGCGGUUUUAUACCACAUCAUGAUCAUCAUCAUGGUCACCAUCACCAUCGUCGUUCACCAACUAUAUCUGUUAAUAGCGAGGAUAGCUUCCAGUCAUCAUAUGAUAGUUAUGAUUCAGGUGAUAAUCGAAAAAUGAGCUUCGAUGAUCGUAGACAAUCGCGUCGUAAUAAAGAUAGAAGAAAUCGAGGUGGUAGCCAGACAGUAGGAAGUGGCGCAGGUAGAGGCGGUGGAGCUGGAAAACGUCGUAAUCGCCACGAUUCGGAUGGUGUAUGUAUUAUGAACAUGAGGGGUCAUUGUAAUGAUGGAGAUGAUUGUUCACGAUCCCAUGAUGCCCGGGCACCUCGCAAACUUGAACUAUGUAAAUUUUAUCUGAUGAAUUGUUGCGCUAAAAAAGACAAGUGUUCUUAUAUGCACGCCGAUUUCCCAUGUAAAUACUAUUAUCUGGGAAUGGAAUGUGUAUAUAAAAGUGAAUGUAAAUUCUCCCAUGGUGAUCCUUUAACCGAACAAUUAAAGAACAUUCUAUUAAAACAUAUUGAAACUGCACCAAAGGAAAUUCUUGGAAAUUUCCGACGUAUAAGCCGUGAAGCAGCGACAAAUCAACUCUUAGCCACUCAUGCCAAAUUAUGUGCAGAGAAGGGUAUUGAAAAUACCUUUGAUUUGCCAUCAUCACCACAAUCAUCAUCAGGUUUAAUAAUGCAAUCAUCAUCUUCGUUUGGACGUCAAUCACGCUCGCCUGCACCAUUAUCACAAUCGUUUGGUCGACAAUCACGUUCACCGUCCGAUAGUAACAGAGGUAGUGGAAAUCCAUUUGCAAGUUCGAAUGUAUCAUCGCAACCUAUGUAUCCGAGCAAUGAUGAAGAAGACUGGGAUAAAGACGAUAGGGACAAGGCAGCAUCAACAAGUAAUAAUUCAACAAACAAUCUAAGCUUCAGUUCUUCGAACAAAUCAGCUGACAAACCAAGAAAAUCUCGAUGGCGAGAUUUUUCCGGAUCUCAAUCCAGCACGAGUGGUAGUCAACCUACCUCAGUCGCAGCGUCUGAUAUUCUGAGUUUGAAAAACUUAAAGGGUGUCAUCACGCCUGAACAAAUCGAGCGGCUUGAAGCUAUCGGCAUCGAGAACUUGGAACAGAUCAGUCAACUGACUGUGGCACAGUUGAAUAGUGUUGGCCUAACGAUCAGCCAAAUCAAUGAGAUUCAGCUUAAUGCGAUGAAUAUACAGAAGUUAGGUCUCAUCUCCCAGAGCGCAUCAGCUACGACAACAACAGCAUCUACAUCAUCAGUACUCCCGUCAUCAGCAAAUCUCAGUCAGAAUAGUUCUACCAGCAAUUUGAGUUCAACCAUAGCAGCUACACAUUCUUCAAGCGUUUUCAAUGAUGACAGUCAGUCUGUCAGCCAAGAUGUUGAUAUGAGAUUUUUAGUUGGUGCAGUUCAAGCCUCAGGAACAUCGAAGCAAGCAUCGGGAUCAACAGUUACUACAAAUGUUAACAGUCAGUUAGCUCCACUAUCAAGCCAAAUAACAGAGUCUUCCACAACGUCAUCGAUCGUGGGGGGAUCCCAGUUACAAGAUUUAGAUAUUGCGUCGCCAGAACCCACGCCAAAUUCCGGUAAAAUUGGCACAAAUUGCAGUAAUACCAUGGAUUUCUCACAAUACCUCAAGGAUUCCAACUUAAAAGAUGCAGAUAAAACCGAUUUCAAUGAUUUACUUAAAGAGGAUAAGGAGGAUGACGAUCCCUCAAACGAAGAUGAGCCAGAACUACUUAUCGAUGAGUCCCGAUAUAACGGCAGUGAUGAUGAAUCCGGGAUUGCCUCACCGCCGAAACCGAUACCUCGUAGUGUUUUCACAACAAAAGGUGAGGAUGAUGACGAUUGGGAUGAUGAUGGAGACAUCCCAGCAGCAUCGACCACCCAGCAUAAUACAAGUGAUUAUCGCAAAGAAGACAGUGAUAGUAAUUAUCGUAAAGAAGAUGCCGAUCAAUGGCAGGAAAAUAGCAAUGAUCGAUGGCAAUCAAAUGAAGAUAAUACGUCAUGGCAAAAGAGCAAUAAUACUCGAUGGCAACAGGGACAGCAGGAUUUCAAUAAUGAAAGAGGCAAAAUGCGUUGGCAACAAAACAAAACUGAUUCGUGGAUGGAUAGCAAAGACGAUUUCCCGUGGCAGAAAAAAACUAAUUCACCCUCGGAUUUCUAUGGAGGAGCUGCCAAUAAUAGUCGAAAUGAUCGUAGUGAUUAUUCCGGAUUCAAUAGCAACAGCUCGUCUCGUCGCGAUGACUAUUAUGGAGGUCGAAACCAGCAGCGCAAUGACCCUCGCAACAAGACUGGAUCGUCUUAUGAGGACAAGGACUCAUUCUAUGACCGCAGCAGUAGUAGUAUGGCUUCAGGACAGUUCCGUGAUCCACGUUUAGGUGGUGGUGGUGGUAGUUUGGACGAUCGAAGGAACUUCACUCCAAAUCAAACGAAAUCAACGAAACCAGUUGAUAACUACGAGGGAGAUUGGGACGCGGAUGAAGACAAUGUUAAAGCUGGAGAUCAUCUCGAUACAACUACCAGAUCGUCAAUUUCGGAAGAGUCAUCUUCGAUGGCGGUCAUCCAGCAGGAUGUAAUACCGAGUGUGAUUCGUGAGCCUUCACCACCGCCCAAAUACCAAAGGGCGAGUAUUUAUGAUGGUGCCGCUAUAGGGAGUGGCGAUGAUGAUGAGGAGAAUAGUCGCGGUGGAGCUGAUGAUGAUGAUCGAGAAUACUCAGGCGAUCGUGAUAUGCGUGUGUCAUCAUUCUUAGAAUCCGGAGAUAUAGACCUGCGACUACCUUUUAAGCCUGUUAUGACAAAUUAUACUCCCGCGACGGAAAUCGAUGGUUCGAUAGCAUCUCAUGCUCCAAUACCGUACAAGGUCUACGAGGUAUCAAUUCCUAAACCUGAUUAUAGUGAAAUACGACGAACUAUGACAGUCACAGAGAAAACAUUAGAUCCUCGACUUCGACGCAUCUUUUGCUUAAAAGAACCAAUUGGUGAUCAGUUUGGAACUGAUAGUGAUAUGUUGAGAUCACCACCACAUACAGCACCACCACUGCUUCUUGGAUCUAUACAGAAAUCUACGCCAGAUCCUAUAGAUAAAACUAACGUAGGCAUUUCUAUCGGUGGUCCACGAUUGGAUCCCAGACGACGCAAAGAGAAUGCCGAUGGCAGUGGUGCAUCCUCAUUGCUAUCUAAACCGGUCGGACAAAGCCAAACAAGUGGCUCAGGAUUAGGGCAAAACGUUGAUAUUCGAAUGCUGUUGCAAAAAUCUGUUUGGUACAAAAAUUUGAACUCCAAGUUCAAGAUUAUGGUCAACCAGCAGUUGGCGCUAGUUUCAACUGAAUUGAAAAAAUUCCACCAAGAUCCUAAUCCGGAUAAGGUUUUUGAUAUGAACUUUUUAGCGACUAAUCAGUAUCUACAGCAGGUGCUAACCAAUUUGGGAAUUUUCAUUGAUAGUAACGGCCAGAUAUUGCAGUUGGAUGCUGAGAAUGAGGACCCAAUUAUGGGAGGAGCACCCGUUCCUGGACCUGGUAUGUUAAUGCCAGGCGGUAACAUACAUAUGGAGUCGAUACCACCAUUAACUGGUAUGGGAGGCAUGGAUUUCAUGCGACCGUCACAACCACCCCAUAUGGGACCGAUGAAUCCACAAUUUAUGAACCCGCCAGGCAUGAUGCAUUCAUUCCCACCACGAUUUGGCGGUGAUGUUCGUACAGGAUUACUAGGUGUUCAGCCCCCACCUAAAUUCAAUCCAUUUGGAGGCAAUCCUCAUAUACCAUUCCAUGGCGGGAUGGAUGAUUAUGGUGGUGAUCAACAUCAGGUUGGUGGAAAUAAUCCAUUCGAACAAGGCGGAGUUAACGAUAUGCCUGGCGGUGGCGGCGGCGGAAACAAAUUCUAUGGAGGCUCAGAUCGACCGUCUUCUGGUGGUGGUAAUCGCGGCGGUGGUCGCAAUUUCCGACAAGGUGGGGGAGGAAAUCCCCGAAACGAUCGAUGGUCAGGUGGUAAUCAGGGCCGAAAUAAUCAAGGUCGAAAUCGUAAUUAUGAUAAUCGCAGUGGAGGAAGUGGGGGCGGUGGCAACAGUGGGAAUGAUCGCGGUAAUAACGAUCGUGAUAGUAUCAGACGAGACGCACCAGUACAGCAAGAGGAAGAAGAAGAUAAUUGGGACUAGAAGUCCUGAUAAGAAAAACAAAAAAAUCGAAGAAGCCGAAAGAGUAAAUGGACUGAAAAUUUUGGUAAGAAGUUAGGUGUUUAGAUUGGUUCAGAGGUUUGCAAAAUUCAAGAAACGCAGUUUAGUUUGAGCUGUCGAUAGUGCUCAAUGACGUCCUUAAGAUUUUGUUUCAUAUUAAAAUUCAUGGAUCAAUUAAUGUCGGGGGGAGGGAAGCAAUUGAUUCUCUCCAAUGCUAAGUAGAAAAUGUUGAAAUGUAUCUUUCAUUUCAAAUUGAGACAGUCAAGCAUAAUUAGAUGCGCAAUUCAACUGGUUAUCGAACCAAUCGAUUAUUCUGUAUUUGUUUUACUUAGUUUGUUACGUCAAAGGAGAUGCGUUUCUCUUAUUUUUCACUAAUGAAAGCAGGCAAGGUAUUUUUUUUGAGAAGAAGGAAAGGUAUUUAAGUUCUUCUAUGAGACAUGUGAUUUCUCUUUUUAUUUAUAAGAAGUUUCUUUGCUGGAUAUUUAUGAAAUCAUAAUGUAAUUAACCAUGUACAUAUUAGAGAUGUAUUUUAAUUUAUUUAUGAAUGGUAUGCAAAACGUCCGUUAUAUGGAUACCAUCCAUUAACCAUUCACUUCAUAUGUAAACAAAAUGAACAAAUAAUCCUUUAUAUCGAAUAUUAUAUCCAACAACCAAUUUAAAAAAAGAAAAACAAACAAAAAGCUGAAUUUAAUUAGAUUUUCAGAAAAUAGAAUUAAUAAAAAAAUGUAUGUAAUACCUGUAGGUAUUUCCGUAGGGUGCGAAUUCAGGCUCCAUACUAGGUUUAAACAUUGCUAACUUUAUAUAACAUUUAUUCACUUCUUUUGAAAGUCAGAAGGUAAAUAGUUGUAGUGCAGUAAGGACUUUGCUGUAAAAAUUAUUUCAUGCGAAAACACUAUGAAGGGUAGUUUUAUGACACCGUUCCCCUUUUUUUUCAUCUUUUUACCUGAAAAAUAAAAAGAAAAAGGAAAUA